ACAGAGAUAGAGGUGGGCAGAGGUGUGACUGAGAGGACAGGCAGAGGCAGAGGGACACUCGGAGCCAGCUGGGCUUUUGCCAUUCCCUAUUAUAUUUAGGAAUAUCAAAGAAGGGUGUGUUUGUGUGGGGUUGAGAGGCUGAAGAACUGUCGCGGCAGUUGUUUUUUGUUCGUGCGUAAACUGGAUAGGUUCACAUUCUUAGGAGUUGCGCUUCACUUUCAGACUGAACGGUUUAUUUGGAGGUAGUGUCCCGGGUUUCUUUGCCUCCGCGAGGGUCCCCUGCGGUGCACGGAUUACAAUGCAAAGGGUUUUGGAGGUUUGGGUCACCUUGGUGACAGUCACGGCGCUGACCGAGGGGGUCUUCGGAGGGUACGGGCUGAGCAUGUUUGCCGCGCAGUCCUCCCCGCCGGACCCGUGCUACGACGAGAACGGCAACCCUCGCAGAUGCAUCCCGGACUUCGUCAACUCCGCUUUUGGCAAAGACGUGCGCGUGUCCAGCACCUGCGGCGGCCCCGCCACCAGGUACUGCGUGGUGGCCGAGAAGGAAGAGGAGCGGACGAGGGACUGUCACACGUGCGACGCCGCGGAUCCCAAGAAGUCCCAUCCCCCUGCGUACCUGACGGACCUCAACAACCCGCACAACCUCACCUGCUGGCAGUCCGAAAACUACGCGCAGUACCCGCAGAACGUCACGCUCACCUUGUCGCUUGGCAAGAAGUUCGAGGUCACCUACGUGAGCCUGCAGUUCUGCUCGCCUCGACCCGAGUCGAUGGCCAUCUACAAGUCCAUGGACUACGGCAAGUCGUGGGUGCCGUUUCAGUAUUAUUCCACCCAGUGCAAGAAAAUGUACAACAGGCAGAAUAAGGCCGCGAUAACCAAGCAGAACGAGCAAGAGGCCAUCUGCACGGACUCCCACACGGACAUGCACCCUCUGACCGGCGGCCUCAUCGCCUUCAGCACCCUGGACGGCCGGCCGUCGGCGCACGACUUCGACAACUCCCCGGUGCUGCAGGACUGGGUGACGGCCACCGACAUCAAGGUGAUCUUCAGCCGGCUGCACACGUUCGGCGACGAGAACGAGGACGACUCGGAGCUGGCCCGCGACUCCUACUUUUACGCCGUGUCGGACCUGCAGGUCGGGGGACGGUGCAAGUGCAACGGGCACGCGUCGAAGUGCGUCAAGGACAGAGAGGGGAACCUGGUGUGCGAGUGCAAGCACAACACGGCUGGACCGGAGUGCGACAGGUGCAAGCCGUUCCACUACGACCGGCCGUGGCAGCGCGCCACGGCCCGAGAGGCCAACGAGUGCGUCGUCUGCCACUGCAACCUGCACGCCCGCCGCUGCCGUUUCAACAUGGAGCUGUACAAGCUGUCAGGCCGGAGAAGUGGCGGGGUCUGUCUGAACUGCCGUCACAACACGGCCGGACGCCACUGCCAUUACUGCAAGGAGGGUUACUACAGGGACAUGACCAAGUCCAUCUCUCACCGGAGGGCUUGCAAAGCAUGUGACUGCCAUCCAGUCGGAGCAGCUGGGAAGACGUGCAACCAGACGACGGGCCAAUGCCCCUGCAAAGACGGUGUGACGGGGAUCACCUGUAACCGCUGUGCCAAGGGCUACCAGCAGAGCCGGUCCCCCAUCGCACCCUGCAUCAAGAUUCCAGUCGCAUCUCCGACAGCAACUUACACCAGCUACGAGGAGCCGUCAGACUGCGAGACUCACUGCAAAGCAUCCAAGGGAAAGAUGAAGAUCACGAUGAAGAAGUACUGUAAAAAAGACUACGCUGUCCAAGUGCACGUGCUGAAAGGAGACAAAGCGGGCGAGUGGUGGAAGUUCACCGUCAACAUCAUCUCCGUCUAUAAACAAGGCGAGCACCGCAUCCGCCGCGGCGACCAGCUGCUGUGGGUGCGUGCCAAGGACGUGGCCUGCAAAUGCCCCAAGAUCAAGCCUGGCAGGAAGUACCUGCUCCUGGGUACAGACGACGAUUCCCCCGGGCAGAGCGGAGUGGUGGCGGACAAGGGGAGCCUGCUCAUCCCCUGGAAGGACCUGUGGGGCCGCCGGCUGAGGAAGUUCCAGCAGCGCGACAAGAGGGGGAAGUGCUAAAAGUGUCUGGAGGCGAGCGACAGAUCGAGGGAGGAGGUGGAGGCGAAAACAGCGUCUCCGCUGAGAUGAAUGCGAGGAGGAGAGGAGGAUGAAUGAAAAAAAUAAAAAAUAAACUGGAAGAAUAACAAGAUAGAAAGACACAGGUGAAAAGUAGAGGAGAUGGGGGAAUGACUGAGUGCUGCUGCUCUGAGUUGGAGCGAAGAGAUUAGUGUUUUUUUGGUUGUUGUUUUUUUUCCAGAAGUUUUGUGAAGGAGCUCGUUCUACAGUUGUUCUGUUUCCGUUCGUCUUUCAAGGUUCGUGUAAUUGCAGAGUUUGCACCUAAUGUUGCAGAUACGUCACACCCUGACUAUUUUACCCAUGAUGCCGUUGUUUCAGAUUUUUUUUAAGUCCCUUUGAUUGAGUUGAGUUUUAAGAGCAAUGCAUCUACUGUAUCGCUCUUAGUAUUUGUAAGAGGAUCUGUCUCCACUGUGCCGUGUGAAGCAUCGUCUAGUUGAAUGAAGAGACUUUUUUUUCGUGGCAUUGAGGGACUCCACUCGUGUGUUAUGAGUUGCUCCUGUAACCUGCAACACUUUGGAUAAACUCUGUCAACAGCUAAAAGUGAGAACAACUAAAUUGUGGAUUCCCUCUGUGGGAAACAUAAUGGGUUCCAUCUUCCCUGCUCACGGUGAGGGUCGCCUCAGAAACAACGUGGGUGUGUCGUUGGAGCAAACCACCAUAAUGACCCUCUGCUCACUCUGCAGUAAUGAUCCCGUCUCUG